GUCACCUUUGCCCUUGAUGCAUGGAUCCCGACAGGACUGGGGGCAGAGGAAUAAGGAGGAACAUGUUCCCCUGGUGGAUCUUACUGCUUUUCUCCCAAGGAUUUGUAUUUCGCAACGUCCAAGGGGAACUUCCGUUUAUGUCAGAGAACAAUGCUGCCAUGCUGGUCAACUGGAAUGCUGUUGACGGAAACAAGAAGCUGUUCGCCAUCUAUGACACGAGCGUCAAUGAACCGGGCAACAUGUCUUUCGUGAAGGAGACUGUGGAUAAACUGCUGAAAGGUUAUGAUAUCCGACUGCGACCAGACUUUGGAGGGGCCCCUGUUGCAGUCGGGAUGAGCAUAGACGUGGCGAGCAUAGACAUGGUGUCAGAAGUCAACAUGGACUACACGUUGACCAUGUAUUUCCAGCAGUACUGGAGGGACAAGCGUCUAGCCUACGUAGGAAUCCCCCUCAACUUGACCCUGGAUAACAGGGUCGCCGACCAGCUCUGGGUCCCCGACACCUACUUCCUCAACGACAAAAAGUCUUUCGUCCACGGAGUCACCGUGAAAAACCGCAUGAUCCGCCUACAUCCUGACGGAACCGUUCUCUAUGGCCUCAGGAUAACUACAACAGCGGCGUGUAUGAUGGAUCUCAGGAGGUAUCCCCUGGAUGAACAGAACUGCACUCUGGAGAUAGAGAGCUAUGGCUACACCACGGACGACAUCGAGUUCUACUGGAAAGGAGGCGAUACGGCUGUAACCGGGGUGACGCGGAUCGAGUUGCCUCAGUUCUCCAUUGUCGAUUACAAGUUGGUGUCCAGAAACGUCGUCUUUUCCACAGGUGCCUACCCUCGACUGUCUCUGAGCUUCAAGCUGAAGAGGAACAUCGGCUACUUCAUCCUGCAGACGUACAUGCCAUCGAUCCUGAUUACCAUCCUCUCCUGGGUCUCCUUCUGGAUAAACUACGAUGCAUCGGCAGCCAGAGUGGCUCUAGGGAUCACCACGGUGCUGACCAUGACAACCAUCAACACCCACUUGAGGGAGACGCUGCCCAAGAUCCCCUACGUCAAGGCCAUCGACAUGUACCUGAUGGGCUGUUUCGUCAUGGUCUUCCUGGCCCUGCUCGAGUACGCCUUCGUCAACUACAUCUUCUUCGGGCGGGGCCCCCAGAUGCAAAAGAAGCUUGCGGAGAAGGCGGAGAAGGCCAACAACGAGAGGGCAGCCAAGUACGACGCUGCAAGGGAGGCAGGUAGUAGGACCGCGUCCCUAAAGCGGUCCAAUCAGGUUAAAGGUCUUCGCCACUCACGCUCGGCGGAACCGCACGGGAACAUCCUGCUCACCACCCUGGAGAUCCAUAACGAAGUGGCAGGAGGCGAGAUCACCACCAGCGUGGCGGACAUUAGGAACUCUCAGUCCAUGGUGCAGUUGGACAGCACGGCCUCGUCGCACAUCCAGUACCGCAAGCAGAGCGGCGGGAUCGGCCCGCGCUCCGCCAGCCGCCAUUCUCUGGACCGGGCCGCACAGAUGAAACGCAGCCGCCUGCGAAGGCGGUCCUCGCAGCUCAAAAUCAAAAUCCCUGACCUGACGGAUGUGAACGCCAUCGACCGCUGGUCACGGAUCAUCUUCCCCUCCGUUUUCUCACUGUUCAACCUCGUCUACUGGCUCUACUAUGUCUGAUUGGACUGUUUUGUUCAGGUGUGUGAUGUUGUUUGAUUUUUUUUUUCAUUUUGUUUCUUUUUCUUCCUUUUUCUGUUGCUUUUAUACAUGAUGGAAUAUGUCUGGAAUAUGUCAAGUUAAAGACUGCAACAACACAAGACAACAAAAAGACUGAGAAGGACUACUGAGUUUUGGACCAAGUUCUCGUCAAAAUUGUUUUUAUAUUUGAAGUCAUUGAAUCCUUAGUAUUGAGGUCUUUUUAUUUUCUGAAGUAUGUACUGUAAUUGGGACUUGUGACAUUUCCCAACAUUUUCCCUCUCGGUAAUGUGUAAAUAGAGAGAUACGAAGCCAGCAAUUGAAUAAUAAUACAUUAUUUGCAAAAAACACAAACACAAAAGCAGUUGAUGCAAAGAUUUUUCUAUUAAAAAAAAUAAUUUAGAAAACUUUAUACUACACAGGAGGUCAGAUAAAUGCAGGCAAUUUCUAAAAAUCCAUUAGACAAACAGAUGUAUGUUUGACUGGUACCCUAUGCACUAUUAAUGCAUGUAAUGAUCAGCCAUAGUGGGAAAGUAAUGACUCCUUUUUUGCCUUGGGUUAUGGCACAACUUUACAAAAGAAAAACUCUGCUGAUGUGUAUUUGUUUCUAGUGUUGAUAAUAUACAGUAUACUUGAUCUUAACUAUGACAUGCAUUGAUCUGGUAAACCUUUACCCAAACACAAUAACUUAAAGUUGAGGACUUUGUCUGUGACUGUGACUCAGGUUCUGAAUUUUUUGCUAUUCGGCAUCUUUUCUAGACAAAGAAAAGUGUCAGUGAAAUAUCCUCUUUGGUCAUUUGAUAUGGAAAAAAAAGCACAAAUAUGAGUAAAACUGCCAUUUUUUUUCACUUAUAGCUUCUUGCAAACCACGCUUCAAGUGAUAGCAUGACAGAAUUGCACUCAAAUUUUCUCAAACUUCCUCUAAAAACUGUCUUACUUUAAUUUAAAACAACUGCCAAGGGCCUUUUUGGCGACACGGUUACCCAACCCAUGAAAUAUUAUAAUAUUUUUGUACUCUAUGUCUUCAGGUAUUCAUUUGAUUUCCUAACCUGUCUUGUUCUCUCUCUUUUGCUCAACACUCACUCUGGUGUAGUGAUAGAGUGGAGGAAGGAAACCCAUUUUUUGUACAUAAGUACAUAGGUGUUUGUGUGUGUGUGUACAUAAAUGUAUAUAUAUAUACUGUGUGUACAACCCAAAAUGAAAAUGAUCAAAUAUUGAGCAUUUUGUGAUUGUCAUUCUGGCUAUUAACUGUCAGAUUAUUUAGUGCAAAAAAAAAACAAAAAAACAAAUGAACCAAUGGGUCAGUUUCAAAUAUCAGUUUAGUCUCUGAGCAUUUUACUGAACACAUUUCUUCUCAAGCAUCUGACCAUGUUGAGGUUCCACUCUAGACACGAUGUAUGUUCAAUUCUGCAUUUUUAGAGCUGUUGCACGCUCUGCCAUUCAGCAGCAAGUCAUGCAAAUGGAUUUCAUUGACUCCGCAGACGGACCACAAGAACCGGCCCGCUGACUAAAAAGCACAUACUAGCAUUGAAUGUAUCAGAUCCAUUCUUCAGGGAGAGGAUAAUGAGCCAUGGUCAUCAUUUCUCCAUCAGAAUGUAACGCGCCCAUUCUUUACAUUGCGGGUGACGAGGAAAGAGAGGGAGGCGACGACGUUACACGAGUGUGUGCAUGUGCAUGUGUGUGUGUGAGAGAGAGACGGGGAAUGGAUAAGGAGAGCUCGGGAGAGGAAGGGCGUGGGUAGAACAUUUAUUUUCUGUGCCGCUUGCUCGACUAUGGACAAAUGUCAACGUAUAAUAGUUUUGUGGAUAAAAAUAGCUCUCCUCUUUGACUCUUGAUAACCUGUGCCAUUCCACCUAAGGUUGCAGAGCAAUCAGCCGGUUACAAAUCAUGGACAAUGAUGUACAUCUGAAGCAUUCCUGUCAUAGAUACAUGAAUACAUCCACUACUUGUGCAUGUACAAGAAAAAAUAUUGCUGCCUGAUAACGGUGAGUUCUGUUGUGAUUGAGAGAAGAGCCACUGGCAGUCAGAGUUGGGAUCAAUUUAACUUUGAAAUGAGAAAUUGUAAAGUUUUAUGUGUACAGUCUGAUAUAUGACUAAGAACUGAAUGUAUUGUACUUGGAUUGUUGCUGCACAAAUGCAAUUUACUUUCUGGAAGCAGGAUUGACCUCAACCCUGAUUAAUAUAGGGCUCUAGUUGAUUCCACAUUCAAGCGAUGCCAAGUCUCUGCUUUGCUGGUUUCUUGUCCUGUUUUCUACUGUGUAGAUGGGGUGAACUGCAAAAAUGACCUGGGACCAACAAAGCCGAACACCUCAAGGUAUAAAUCUAACAAUAUCUAUAAACAUAUAUAAUGAGUCUAAAUGUGUUCAGCCAGAAAGGGAAGUGAAUUUUAACACAAGUUACAAGUUAAUUCACCUGAAACUGGCAAUGUACCAAAUGUAUGUUAGCCGUAAGCUAGCUGGCAACAGUCGCUCUUUUUUUCCCCUCGUCAUCUAUUCUCUCCAUUGACUCUGUAUGCGAGUGCAACCUCUAAAAUUCUCUUACACUUCUGCCUGGACACUCUUAGCUUUUGGUUUUGGGCACAAAGAAAUGUUUCGUGAUCUCCUGCAUUCAAGGUGCAGUGAACCAGUUUGUCCAAAGAUGUUUCGAGCUGAUUUGGAGGUGAAAAUUUGCACCUAUAAAAUGCAAAGCAGUUGAUGAAGCUUCAGUGUUGUGUAAAUAAGAUAUAAAAGGACAGAUUUCUUAAACACUAAAGCUAAAAAAAAUAACUGUUUUGUGGUGCAAGUCGCAAGAUCUUCCUGGCUGACUGGUUCACUUUGAUUUAAAGUAUUAUGUUUGGUUCAUGUGGUGAGAUUUAAAACAACUUCUUGCAGUUGUAUGAGUCUUUUUUUUAUUUAUUACCAAACUACAUAGUGCAGUUGAAAAGUGAAAGAGAAGGCAACUAUUACAAGCUCUAGAUACUUGUUUAUCAUGCAUGCAACUACAAUUCAUAACUCGGGAGGAUUUAAGAAAAAAAAAAGAUUUUUUGCAAAGUCACU